AUUAUAUUAUAAUAAUUCAUAAUAAAUCAUGAAUUAAAAAAAAAUAUAAUCAUAUUCUUUAAAUAUAAUAGUAAUGCAUUCUUCUAUAAAUCUCCUUCUUUAAAAUAUAAUUUAUUAGAUUUUUAUUGUAAUUUCAAGACAUUUACUUUCGUAUUUGUAAACAAAAGAAACUGCAAUUAUAGAUCCAUUUGUGUGUGUGUGUCUCAAAGAUCAAACUAGAUAUUAAAAAAGUUUACGUGUACGUAAGAGAAUAUGACGGUAAACUUGUAGAAAUUUCCGAAAUGAAAAUGAAGUGAAGCGGAACAAUUAAUUAGAUCGCUCCUACUAAUUAUAUAAGUUCUUUACAGAGAAUUUAAUUUUAUCGAUAAUGGUAAAAGGUGUACAUAGAAAAAUUCAUUAAUUUUCUAAAUUGCUUAAGAAACUAUACGCUUCUUCAUAUGAUUCAUAAUAUUCCAUCCUAAUUGUUUAUAAGCUAGUUAGACAUUUCUGAAUAUUUUAUUAUCGCACAUCUACACGCUCUUUGCAUUUAAAUAUUAGUCAUGCAAGAACUGUGUUCAACGAUCAUUCUCAAUGCACAGGAUAUAAUUAGGAGGAAUAUAUCAAUAUUUUGAACGAUUCCUAUUUUUCAUAUCAAUAUUAAUAAUAAUAACGAUAAUAAAUAUUUUUUUCAUUAAAAAGGAAAAUUGAAGAAAUUAAAUAAAAAUUAUCAAUUUGAUUUUAUUACAUUAAAUAUCGCUCGACAAUGUUGGACAUUUCUUUAUACAUACGAUGUCAAAUAAAUUCUAAAUAAUAGAUUAAAGGAGAAAAGAGAAACAUUGAAAUUAUUCAUUUGAUUUUAUUAUUAAAUAAUAUCGAUAUAUUGUGUUAUUCGUUUCUUUACGCGUAUCUAACAGAUAACAGAUAGUAUAUUAUUGUAAAACCAAAUGUAGGUUUUUUUUUUUUUUUUUUUUUUUUUUUUUUUUUUUUUUUUCCUUUUUACUCGCGAGAAGUAGUGGAGAUAGUUAUUUGCUCGGACGUACGCACAUAGCGCAGACUCGAAGGCUCGUUUAUUCCUAAUUCUAGUUGGCUUUCAUUCGUUAUUCCACGUUGUUACAGCAACAUUCGUAGUCGUGUUCUUCGCUCUUGUUCCAUCACUUUGCAUCUCUGACCUGUUGCGUGACAGACGAAAUUUAUGAAAUAACAAAAACAUAAUUUUAAUGAAAUAAUGCUUGAGAAACACAAGAAGAAAACUCGUGAAAAAUGAUCGUACGAAAGACGAAGACACGAUCAUUACAUUUAGUAUACUCGAUAAAUUAUAUCCUACGUAUAUCCUGCUUGUUCUCGGUACUUUCGAUAAGAAAUAUUAUCAUGGGUAAAGAAAUAUUAUCAUAGUUAUGACGAGACAUUACGAGAGAUAAACGCUCGUAUAUAUUUUGACUGAUUAAAUGCAUGCCGCUUUUGUAUGGUGAUGUUAAAGGAUAUAACAUUUCUUUCAGUAUAUAAGAUAGCCCAUAAAAACGGAUCCUCAUUCGUACGUACAGGAUACUUAAUGAUAUAUACGCAAUUGUACGAUCGCAUUGUUACAUCUACACACACAUAUAUAUAUAUGUAUAUAUACCUACGAAUGUAUGGAUACUCGCAUACCUGUAGAUAGGCAGGUAAUGGUUGGUUUUAUACGUUUCUACGUGGAGUCUGAUGACACCAUGCUAAAAAGGAGGAAUAUCCUUCAUGGAAAUUCCGGUAGGACGAAUUUCAAAAUUUGGUCGGUAUUGGGAAAUCGAAAAAAGGGAAAGAUAAACGGUAGAAUAAGAUCUAAUCAAGAAAAUACAUUUCCGUUAAGAACUCGACAAUUUCUUCAUAACGAGAACGUUAACACGUUACAUCCUAUAAAUAAUGACGAGGAUUCGGAGGAGAGCUUUCAUCGGGCGAUCAGCCCGAUCUUAUGGUGGGCACAAUUCUUCGGCUUGCUCCCGUUAUCCGGAAUAUCUGCGAAUUUACCGUCGAGAUUAAUAUUCAAGAAAAUCUCUUUUCGAACCGCUUACGCCAUCAUAGUAGCUGCUUCGAUAUUCGUAAUGGCGAUACUGUCGAUCAUUCACAUGAUAAAGACCCUCAAACCCGAAUCGUUCGGUGUGCGUGGUGGAAUAGCUGCGGCAACAGCCGGGGCAAUAUUCUAUGGAAAUGGUUUAUGUGGAACGAUCAUGUUCCUUUGGUUAUCGCCACGUUGGGUGAUCCUUCAAAACGAUUGGAAGGCAAUGGAACAAUUCAUAGAUAGCAACAAAUAUCAACGACCACGGCUUCGUUGGAAAUUCAUAAUAAUAAGUAGCAUCAUACUUUUUUUCGCUCUCUUCGAACAUAUUGUAAGCGUAAUUAACAACAGUACUAACUUUGAAUGGGGAACAUCGAAUUCAACCUUUACCAAUUUUUUACACAUUUACACCGUCAACUCUCAUAACUUUAUUUUGGAAAACGGUACGUUCAUUUAUACUUUCUUACUCGGAUCAAUGAGAGCACCUUUCAAUGUUAUUAAAUUAAUCCUGUUCAAUGAUCGUUUUACAGUCGAUUAUAACUUCGCCAUUGGUCUUUACGUAUUUAUAGUGAGCAAGAUAGCGACUUUCGUAUGGAACUUCACAGAUUUAUUCGUCGUGUUGAUUUCCACUGGUCUAGCUGAAAGAUACAAGACAUUGAACAAGAGAUUAUUCGAUACGGCGAAAAAGCACACGAACAAUGUCGAUUGGAGUGAAUAUAGAAACGAUUACGCCAUCCUAAGUUCACUGGUGAAAAAAGUGGACAAUGAUAUAUCUCCGAUAAUACUCCUUUCCUUCGCAAAUAAUCUCUACUUUAUUUGUUUACAAUUAUUGAAUGGAAUAUCCGGACCUGAAGGCGACGAUAUUUUGAGUAAUCUUUACUUCUUUGGUUCCUUUGCCUUCCUCAUUCUUCGAACGUGUGCCGUAACUUUAUUGACCGCCAGAAUAAAUGAUCAAAGUAAAACGGUACUCCCAUUGCUGUAUAAUUGUUCUUCGUCAACCUAUAACAUCGAGACACAAAGAUUGCAGUAUCAGCUUUCCACCGACGAUAUUUCACUAACAGGCUUACGUUUCUUUUCCAUCACGAGGAACUUUAUGCUAGCGCUAACUGGAGCGAUCGUAACGUACGAGGUCGUGCUUCUUCAGUUCAACGUUGCUAUGAUAAAUUGAAUCAACGGUGGAAGCUACCUUCAAACAUUGUCUCUCUCUCUUUCUCUCUCUCUCUUUCUCUCUAUGUUUUUAGAUUAUUUAAUGAAGAUAUACUACUUUGCAAAAAGGAAAAUAAAAGAAUAUAAAAAAGGCUGAUCGAAAGCAAAACUACCCCGAUUGAAAAUUCUUAUACAUAAAUUAUUUCAACGAAUUAAGCACAAUUUAUAUCUAAAUAAGAAAAGUGUUAGAAAUAUUAAAGAAUUGGUAAUAGGAUUGUCACCUCGCAAAUGUUCGUGAUGUUAGACUGGACCGUUUGUUGUAUAUUAUUUAUUUGUACUAAUACUAGCUCGUAAGUGACGAUAGUGCCCGCAAUCUAAACAAAUGUUCAAAUCAUUUUUAAAUUUUUACGCGAUUAUAAAUUUAUUGAAUAUAUUUUUGUAUGUAUAAAAAUCUAAUCGUUAGAUUACACUUACCGUCAAGACGAGGCCUCUCGUAACAGAGAAAAAUUUCAUUCCGGUCAGGCUUAUAUUGUCGGUUGUGACUUGGGUCAAAAAUCUCAUUACCUGAAAGAAGUUUCCCAAAAAAAGAAGACAAAAAAAAAAAAGAAAAAAAAACUUUUCAAAGGAACAAAGAAAACUAAGAAGAUUUGAUAAAAAUAAGAAUAUUAGCAUACCUCAGUGGAAUAGCUGGCACUCGAAACGCUGUAAAGUAUCGGUGCUGGCAAACGGGAUUCGUCAUUAACGGAAGCUGCAUACAAGGAUACAGCCGUGGUCCUCGUGAGAAGAAAUCCAAAGGAAAAACAAAAGUAUAUCUUCUGUAUGUGACUGCGUUGCAAACUUCCCGAUCAAAAAGAGAAAGAAAGAUAUAUAUAUAUAUAUAUAUGACAGAAAGGAGAACAAAAAAUUACAAAAAAUGUAUAUUUGAUUUACUUGAAAGAGAAUAGUAGCUGAAUGCAAAUGAAGUAUAGAUCGGUCGCAAACGAGAGAAAAACGAUUGUUGAAAUAUGAGAAUCGACUCGUCUGGUCAAACCAGCCAGAUGAUUGUAAUCGUUUCUAGCCUCGGCCCACCACCAGUCCGGCAUUGCCUUUAAAAUGUCAUAGUAUUAAUAGCUAUGAAAAAGAAAUUUGUUCCUUUUUAAUUACUUGCCUUUCCUCUAACGGAAUUAAGACGACUAUUCAAUUGUUGAAAUUGAUCUGCCAGAGCCAUGCUUACGAGGAUCAAGAAAAGAUCGACAAAGUUCCAUGAGAAGGUGCUUAGCAAGUUAACUAUUUCCACUAAUAUAGCUUUCCAUACACUGUAGGACAUUUGCGAGAAUACCUAUUUCAUCGCGGUAAACACAAUUAUUGCAUUUUAAACGAGCUUCGUCUGAAGCGUACCAACGAAAGAUAUAAAAAGAUUAUAUCUCGUUGAACAUGCGAAAGAAUGUGCAGAUUGUAUACUUUACCUGUGUGUAUUGUGAUUCAAAAUAUUCUGCGAUAACGUCGGAAUCACUUCGAUAUUUUGCACAUGUCAUUGCAUAAAAGAAACCCUUAAGUAUAGAUAAUGAAUGUUCGACUGUAAUCAUUUUGAAAAGAACAUUAAAAUUAUUUUAAUCCAAACUUGAACUAAAAACUGCACCCUAGUUAUUAUAUAAAUAUGAAUGAUUCAAAUGUUUCGAUAAGAAAAAUAUACUUACCCAAUGCGAGAAUCAUCACGAUGGCGGUAGUUAAUUUAAAUCUACCGGCAAGACUUAUUCGAGAAAUUCUCCGAUGUCUAAACAUGAACUCUCGUUCGACUUUUUCCCACGUUAACGCCAAGCAAGGCCAUAAUUUGGCGAGUUUUAGAAAUAGGAGAGACGCGAUGAGAGAGGUGCCAUAAAAAACUAAACCAGUUGCUAUUGCAACGAUACGUAAGUAUAAAGAUUAUAGAAUUUAACGGGAUUUGUAUUACUUUUGAAAUUAAAUUACUUACUCAUCUUCAUGGAAUUUAUACCCGUAGUGAAUUGUAAGACAUUUAAUACGGUCAUAACAGUAGUGCUUAAAAAGAAUACGAUGGUGUACAAUAAUUUUGGGCUAUACCAGGUGAAUCUGAAAGUAUAUAUGUACAUAAAGCUCGUGAAAUAAUUCUACGUUUAUCUCGUUAUGAUAUUUAAUCGAUGAUUUUUCAACUUGCUUUAAAUAAGAUGCAUCCGGACUGUUGACACCGGAAACUGGAAGUAUCGAAAAGCAAUUCGCCAACAAGAUGAUCGGUCUGAUCGACGCGUGAAAACUAUCGGUAGCCGGAUUAAAAUUGUUCACCAAAGAUACGUUCGUUUCGGAUACUGAAAAUGAAAAGUUUCCACGAAUUGGAUCUCUCUCUGUUAUACUUUCAUAUUUUUGCAAUCCCCAUAGAGAACAAAAAUUUAUCGACUUACCUUCUGGAUUUUCUACGUCGGUCUUCAAUGUAUCGAAUCUACUUAAUUGUAGAUUGCUUUUAGGAGAUCUGGAAACAUUAUUACGCGUCACAAAUAUUCUCCUAAAACGUUGGCAAAUUGUCCAUUUUGAUUUCGAGACUCGAUUCAUAUUUUCAAUCGAUUUACAUCACGUUCCUUUCAUAUCUUAAAUGGUAUCGUAAAAUAACGAACACUUACAAAAACUUAAGACAAGGAUUUUAUCACCGCGAUAUAAACGGUGUGCGCGGAACAGAAUCGCAUGGCGAACAGAAGACGGAAUUCUCUCCUCGGAGCUUUAUUGGGCCAAGAGAAAACAGGUGGUGGGUGUUUUAUAAACAAUGGAAACUCGAUAAACCUCUGUGGCUUCGAUUGAGAACUUGAAUAGAGACCUUGUGAAAUGAUUCGUCGCGAGGUAGAAAAAAGAUCAGGGUGGAAUGCCACCCCCUCUGAAGCAGACGAAUCCUAUUUAUUUCGAAAUUUUCAAUUUAUUUAUAUCAAAGGUAUCUAUCUGUAUUAAAGGUAUAACAUAGACAUAUUUAUUUCCAUUAUUUUCAUAUCGACUUGUCUAAUUAGCAUGAACGUUUCAUCCAUUCCGUCAAUAAAUACGCGUUAGAGCCAAAGAAUGCAGAUACAUUCAUUUUCCCUCUUCAUUAAGUUAAUUGUCAUAUGCAAUCAUAUUAAAUUCGAUCAAUAAAUCGGUGUUCGUCGAUAUUAAUUUUUCCAAUAGUAUUUUAACUAAUAUACAUAUGUACGUGUAAAUACGCUAUUACAUUUAAUAAGUGUAUACAGU